GCCGCUGUAACUGUAACCCCCGCCCUCACUACGUCGCGAUAAAUUCCCGCAUGUCUGCCUGGCGAGCCCGCUAUGCAGUAUGCGCUGCGAUCAUCGCCAUCCUCGCUUUCGACAGGUGGUACACGGCGUCUUCGUUGCCACCCUCCUCCGCUGCCGCCUCUAGGUUCCCGAAGUGAGACCACAGUUCAGCGCAACACGGUGGGGCACGCCGCCCGUGGCCCGCGUCUUCAUCGUCGCUACCCCCCUCCUCUUCCAGCCUCGUUCUCCACCUUCUCCCGCUCGGCCUUCACUUUGCGGAUCAACCGUUCCAAGCACCCGAAGCGGUCUGCUAUCUCUCCUUGAGAGAGCUUC